AUGUCUGGGAAGCAAUUGACCAUCUUCACAUGCAGCAGCUUGCUGUUCGCGUCACUCAUAGUUAUUGCUGACAGAAGUGAUAGGGAGGCUGUCGUGCCCCCCACCCGAUAUGAAAUUGGUUCUGGAUUUACGAACUACACCGGUUAUGGGAAUGCAUCCUGCUUCACACUUGACCAGAAGAGCCCAUUGGUUACCCUAGACUACGGUACCGAGGUUGGAGGCUUCCCCUUAUUCCAUGUGGACUUUCUGUCAACUGCAGUCCAGCUCGAGGCCAAAUACACUGAAUCCAAAACUGGUCUUGAUGAGCCGUUUGGUGAUGGGCCAUGGACCUUCUCCAAUGGCCUUUCCAACACCUUCCGUGUCGAAACUUUCAAUGUCACCUCUCCUGGGACGGUGGAGUCGUUCUUCAUUCAAGGGGGUCUUCGCUGGCAGAACCUCAAGCUUCUCACGGAAGGCAGUGUCCGCAUAUGCCAAGCGGGUAUCAGAUCUCAAAAUGAUCGCACUGCGGUGGACAAGCUGCCUGGAUACUUCGAAAGCUCGAAUAAUCUGUAUAAUGAAAUCUGGGCCUUGGGGCCACGUACAGUCCAGCAAGCAUGCAUUGCUGCAGAUACCGCACCGUCAACAUGGGAAGUCACUGAAGACGGAGUGUAUCUUCGUGGACAGCAGCCUGCCCAAUCGGUGGUAGGAGCCUCCUUUGGCAACUACACCAUGACCUUCCAGACCAAGAUUGUCCGUGGAGGAACAGGAUGGAAGGUCGCCGCGGGUGUGGGUGGCUUUGGUCCUUACUUUGUUCUUACCAGUGAAUAUCCUGUUGGCUCGACGUUUGUCAAUACCAACCGAACCAUUGUCCCCCCAAACUCACUAGCUGUGGGUUACGGGUGGAACUUGGUGAAUCAGACCUCUCUCACCACCGGAAAAGUGAACCAUUAUUCCUUGCCUUUUAACAUCAAGGAGGGGCAGUGGUAUGAGAUUUCAACCUCCAUUAAUGCGACCGGAUACGGCGUUACCAUCAAUGGAACUGAAAUAUUCGUGGCACUGGAUGACCUGCAAAUCGUAUCUGGCACUACUGGUUCCUCUGGCAGUCUGACAGGCGGUACCUGGGGCUUUGGGCCAUAUCAGGACCAGAUUGCGCUUGUCAAGGAUGUUACGGUUCAUGCGCAGAAUGGUACCCUGCUGUACCAGAAUUCGAUGACGCUCAGCUCCGUCCUCGAAGAAUAUGGAGUGAUGGCAAAUAAGCACUCCGUCUGUCUGGACGGCGCGAAAAGGGACCGCCUUGUCUGGAAUGGUGAUUUUGUACACACGUAUCGCGUCAUCCAGUCCAGCACCUAUCGCUCGGAUUUCAUAACUGGAUCACUAGAAUAUUGGAUUGACCGUCAAGCACCUGACUCGUCGCAGUACGCUGGCUUUUUCAGCAUGUCACCUGCCAUGGGCCAGUCGGCGAAAUAUGUCGACACGUAUGCUUCUUUCGGACUUCUCGAUUACCAGAUUUUCCUUCUCCACGUAUUUGCCGGUCACUACAGAAAUUCUGGCGACAAGGUGUUCGUGGCCAAGCAUUGGGCGAAGAUCAAAAAGGGUGUGGAAGCUAUCCUGCCCUUGAUAGAUGAUCAAUCUGGACUGGCGGUCGCUACCAACCUCGGGAGAUUCUUCUCUGGAUCCGACAAUGGCACUGCAGUAUCGGGACUUCUUGCCCACACACUCGACCAGAUGGCCGAUGUUGCAUCCGCGAUGAAUGAGACAGAUGUCGCGACAACUUGGACUCGCUCGGCGACUUCAGUCAAAGCUGCGAUCCGCCAACAGCUCUGGAACCACCGUCUUGGAUACUACGCUACCGACUUGAGCGACCCGACCGAGCAGUCUAUCACCGGUAGCGCCUGGGCUAUUCUGGCGGGAGUCGCCAACGCCACGCAAGCAGAAUCCUCACUCGCGGCGUUAUCAUCACUCCGGCUUGGAAUCGGCUACAAAACGUCGAGCUCCGUUGCCAACGCAUCAUCGACUAAUCUUGCGCCUUUUCUCACUGGCUUCCUCCUAGAAGCGAUUAUGCAGGAAAGUCGCAAUAGCCCCAGUUCAAGCAAAGCGAGGACGACAGCUAUUAGCGUGCUCCUCGACCAGCUCUGGGCUGCGAUGGUGACUCAAAAUGAAUAUUAUACUGGCACGACUUGGGAGUAUCUUUACCCUGAUGGCCGACCCGGGCUUGACUUCUAUACGUCGCAUGCGCACCCCUGGGCAGCUGCGCCGACGUACGUUUUCUCGGAAUAUGUACUUGGUGUUCAGGCGACUUCGGCUGGGUUUUCUGAGUGGGAGUUUCGUCCAGCGAUGUUGGAUGUGAAUGUGUCCUGGGCGCGGGGAAGAGUGCCUACUCCUCAGGGGCCGAUCCAGGCUAGUUGGCGGUUGAAUGGCACGAGCGUGCAGUUGAGCGUGUGUGGACCUAGUGGUACAGAGGGGGUUGUCAGGGUACCAUUUGCUAUUGAAUCCUAUUCCGUGAAUGGAGAACAACAGACAAAUGACAAGGACGGUUUGGAGGUUCAAGUGUCCGGGGGAUCAUGUACUGAUAUCCAUGCUGUUAGAGGGUGA